AUGGCUGAUGUUAAUAUAAGCCAAAAUAAAGAAAAUUUCGUGUUGAUUUGGCUUGAUCGAGCACUUGAUACAAAGUAUAAUGACUUACGAAAUCUGGCCAAAAUACGUGAUGUUGCUUACUCUCUUCGUACUUAUACUGAUCCAACAGUUUGCUUAGAAUAUAUUAAAGCAUCAUCUAAUGAAAAAAUUUUUCUUAUUGUAUCGGGUACUAUUGGUAAAGAGUUUGUUCCUCUUAUUCAUCAUCUUCCACAAGUUCAAUCAAUUUAUGUUUUAUGUUUACAUAAACGACAACAAAUAGAAUGGACAAGUGCAUUUUCAAAGAUUAGACAAGAAGAUAUUUUUAAUCAUGUCAGUCCACUUAUUGAUCGUUUAAAAAUUGAUUUAUUCAAAUGUGAAUAUGUAUCAGACAUUAGCUUCAAACUUGAAAGAUCAAUUUUUGACAUUCAUCAAAAAAUGACUGAUUUCAAAUGGUCUCGUCUACUAUCUCAUACUUUAACCAAAUUAAUUCCAGAUAGAAAAGCUCAACAAGAAAUGAUCGAUUAUUUACGUGAUUAUUACAAGGAUAAUCAAGCUAGUUUAGAAUUUCUCGAUGAUUUUUCGAAAAAUUAUAAAAAUGAACAAGCUAUUCGAUGGUAUACACGUCCUGGAUGUCUAUUUCGAAGUCUUAAUCGUUCAUUUCGAGAAGAGAAUAUUGAAGAAAUUUAUAGAUUUCGAUCAUUUAUUAGAGAUCUUUCCGAACAAAUCGAUUUAUUAUAUAUUGAACAAAAGGAAACAAUAGGAUGUGAUUCAUAUACUGUUUAUCGUGGCACAUGUCUUCCUUAUGAUGAUAUUGCCAUUCUCAAAUCCAAUCAGGGAAAAUUAAUUUCGUUUAAUGGAUUUCUUUCCACAAGUUUUGAUCAUAAUGCAGCAUUAGUUUUUAUAGAACCAAGUAGCAAAGAAGAGCAAAAAGAAGCCGUACUCUUCCAAUUCUUUGUUAAUACUGAUCUUGACACAACUUCUUAUGCUUACAUUGGACUUGAAAGUGAUAUUUCUGAUGAAUUAGAAUUGCUUUUCAAUAUAAAUACAAUCUUUCGUAUAAAUAAAGUUGAAUAUGAUGAAUCAGCUAAACAAUGGUUUGUUCGAUGUGAACUUUGUCUGAAGAAUGAUGUAGAACCACUUUAUUUAGAAAACAAUGAUGAUAUCAAUGAGAAUCAUUCUAAUUUAUAUCAAUUUGGUAUAUUAUUAAUGCAAGCUGGACAAAUAUCCCAAGCGGAAAAGUUUUAUUAUAAAUUAUUAGAAGAAUCUUCAGGAAAUUUCAGAGCAGAAUUUAAUUGUUAUACUGGACUUGGCGCUGUUUUCUUUCAUCUAGAAAACUAUACACAUGCACUCGAAAUGUAUUCAAAAGCAUUAGAUUUAAAUAUUCAACCCGAAGUCAUUUACAAUGAUAUGGCAAAUAUACAUGUUAAAUUAAAUGAAUAUCAAAUUGCAAUUGAAUUUUAUGCUCGAUCACUAUCCCUUAUUGAUGAUGAAAAUGACAUCCAUUUACUGGCUACAACGUUAGCUAAUAUUGCGAAUGUAUAUCAUCUUCAAGGUGCUUACAAACAAGCUCUUGAAAUAUAUGAAAAAGCCAGUGACUUAUACGUAGAUGCUUAUGGAGGCAUGUACCAACAUCCGAAGCAAGCUGGUCUCUAUGACAUGAUGGCUAUGGCUUAUAGACAAUAUGGCAUGUUUGAUAAAGCCAUGGAAUAUUAUCAGGAUUCUUUAACGAUUUUGAAAAAGACCUUACCGACAGAACAUCCAAAUUUGGCACAAUGCUAUAAUAAUAUUGGUCUUCUUUUCUAUGAUCGAGAUGAUCCUGAUUCAGCAUUUGAAUAUUUUCAAAUGGCUUUAGCUAUUGAUGAACCACUAGGACAUCGUCAUCUACGUUUGGCUACUAUAUAUGGGAAUUUAGCUGUUAUUUAUUCUAUCCGAAAUCAAUACGAUCUUGCAAUUCAAUAUCAUGAACGUGCAGUUAACAUAUGCCGUGAAGUUUUAUCAGAACACCAUCCGGAUCUAGCUAUUCGCUAUGUCGAUCUUGGUGUUACAUUAAUAAAACAACGAAAAUUUGAUGAAGCUCUCAACGUCUUGCAUAAAGCGAGAGCAAUUUAUGAGAACCAAGAUAUUAGCACCUUUCCAUUAGAUCAUCCAAAUUACGCUAAAUUCUACAGUACUAUGGCUGAUUUAUAUUCUGAAAAGAGUGAUUUUAAUCAAGCAUUUGAAUUUUACACUAAAGCACUUCAUAUUCGACAAGUUUAUUACUAUCCAGAUCAUCCGUUAAUUACUGCUAAUCUACACAAUCUUGGUGUCAUACGUCAUAGACAAGGUCAAUAUUAUCGAGCUCUUGGUUUCUACCAAAGAGCAAAAGAUCUAUUUGAACAAGUCAUGCCACAAAAUCAAAAUGCUCUCACUUCCCUUUAUGAUAAUUUAGCAAGUUUGUAUUUUGACAAAGCUGAAUAUGAACUAGCUUUAGAAUAUUAUGCGAAGUCUUUAAAUAUUCGACGACAGAUAUUCGAUGCAAAACAUCCAUCUAUUGCUAGAAGUGAAAUGCAUCUUGGAAAAAUUCAUGCACAUUUGCGAAAUUAUAAAGAUGCUUUUGAUUAUUAUAAUCGAGCUCUUCAAAACAGUGACAAUCUAGGUGAAGUUUAUAUAAAUCUCGGAGAUCUUCAUUCAUUUCAAAAUCAGCAUACCAAUGCGAUGGACUUUUAUGAAAAAGCUUUGACUUAUUACAAAGAAACCUAUGGCGAUAAUCAUUCAUACACAGCUACAACUUAUUCUAAAAUUGGUAACGCUUUUUAUUUACUCGACAAUUAUGAUAAGGCAAUAAAUAAUUACAUGAUAGCUUUACAAAUUUUUCAGCAAAUUUAUCCUGAAGAUCACAAAGACAUUGCUACUAUACUUAAUAAUGUUGCUAAUAUUCUUAGUGAUGUCGGUCAGUUAGACGUCGCUGUUAAUCUUUAUAUACGAGCGCUUGAAAUCUACCGAAAACACUUUACUGCAUCACAUCCAGAAGUAUUGACAAGUCAAACAAAUAUUGCUCAUUGUUGUAGAGUAUUAGCAAGGCAAUGCGUUGAGCAAGGACACUGGCAAGAAGCUCUCGAUUUCUGUCAAGAAGCCUUAGAAAUUUAUGAAAAAGUAUUACCUGCCGGUUCGACUGAAAGAGAAUCAACAUUAACAAGUGUGAAAAAUGAUAUGGACCAAUUGCGAGACUUGAUUACAUCAAGCGUAGAAGACACUGCCACAAGUAUGCAAGACAAAAUAUCAGAAUGA